AUGAUUCAUUUUUAUUCCUUGCCAGAAACGGAAAGAUCUUGGCCCGCUUUGCCGUUUGCCGCGGAGCUUGGCACAAACGGCUGGAAAAAGUGGCAACCGUUGAAACUAUAUAAACCACAUACUACGACUCUAUCCGUUCCAUCGCAAGCGUAUCGCGUUUCGGUAAACCCUUCCCACAACCCACCACUCAUCAUGUCGCAAAACAUCUACGACAGGCAGGACUUCUUUACCGCCUACUCGGAAAUCAUUGACCGGUCCGGGCACAAGGACCUCGACAAUGACCUCCUCUGGAAGCGUCUGCGCACGCUCCUGCCGUCGUCCGUCGAGGGCUUUCACAUUCUCGACGUCGGCUGCGGCUCCGGCUGGUUCGCGCGGUGGGCCGUCGACCACGGCGCCGCCUCGGUGACGGCUGUCGACAUCUCCCACAACAUGAUCGCCAAGGCCCGUGGCCUCAACGGCGGUGACGGCACCGCCUACGCAACUAAAAUUGACUACCGCAUCGUGGACCUCGACGCCGACCCCGAGGGCCUCGUCCCCCGCGAGGAGGGCACGGCGUACGACCUCGCGUUCAGCGGGCUGACGCUGCACUACCUCGCCAGGCUGGGCGUGCUGGUCGCCAAGGUGCACGCGCUGCUGAAGCCCGGGGCCGUGUUCGCCGUCAACGUCGAGCACCCGGUGUACACGGCGCCGCAGCGGCCGCGCGUGGUCGCCGACGCCGAGACGGGCGAGAAGUCGUGGAACUUUAGCGACUACUACAACGAGGGCGAGCGCGUGGUGGACUGGCUGGCGCCGGGCCUGCGCAAGCAGCAUCGCACGAUGCAGGGCUACCUGGACAUUUUUUUCCAGGCCAGUUUUGACCUGACAGGGCUGAUCGAGAUGCUGCCGACAAAGGAGGAGGUGGAGGCGGGUAGCGUUGGCGAGGACGAGCUGCUGCGGCCGCUGUUUUUGAUGAUGGGGUUGAGAAAACGGGUCUAG